AUGUCGCGCUACCCUGAUGAGCCAGAGUACUCCAGUUCAAGUCGUCGUCGAGAAACUGGCCACUCUUCUCACUCUUCUCGUAGAGAUACCCGAGAACGUGAGCCCAGAGAACACCGGACUGAAACUACAAGAGAGAGAAGAACAAUAGACGACAGAGACUCUCGUAUGACUGAUGCAAUGGACACCCGCAUGGAAACCAGAAUGGACCCCCGUAUGGACCCCCGCAUGGACCCCAGGAUAGACCACAGGAUAGAAUCCCGAAUUGAUCCCAGGAUUGACCGCAUGGACAUCCGGACAGACCCAAGAGCUAAUGCUACUGCUCGACUCGACCCUCGACCUGACCCUCGUGCCAUGGGUGGUCGUACCACUGAACCUGAGGCUGUUAUCUAUCGAGAUCCCACUACUGGUGAGAUAUAUCGCGAAGUGCCACCGGCGAGCAGGUCUCCUUAUGCUCCUAAUGAUCGUUAUGAUGAUGCGGCCACAAGAAGUCGAACUCAAAUGGAUACCACUAUGGCUAUGGAUCGUGAUCUUGUCAGGCCCAGCCCUCAUUACUCGGAAUAUUUUUGCCCAGGAGAAGGCAUUGAACGAGAAGUUAUCCAGCAUGAAAUUUGCAAAUAUCUUGGUCAGGAUGCCACUUGCCGCCCAGGUCGUAACGAUCAAGGACGUUCCGGAUUCUGGGUCAAAGCCUAUCGCCCAUUUACAACGGCGAUGGAACAGUCACUACGAGAAGAUACCGUCAAAUGGAAUCGUGAGCGAGACAGAAGGGCCAGACAGGGCCGUUCGCAAGGUACGCCUGUGAGCGACAACCCAACAACUCGGUCUAAGGAUCGUGUAGGUUCAUAUGCCGAAAUGCAAGCCCGCCAGGAAAGAGACCGCCGCUAUCCAGGAGAAAUGGACCUCGAUGAUGAUUAUGACAGACCUCCUCCAAGGCAUCGUGAAGUAGACCCACGAAUGGCUCCUCCCCGCCCCACGGUGACUUCUGGUUAUCCUCCGGAACCUGGCUAUCCGGCUUCAUAUUCCAUUUCGUCAAACCAACCAGGCUACCCACCCAUCUCUCAGCCAGGCUAUUAUCCAUCGGAACAACGGGAACCCAGGACUGUUUUCCCUGGCAGUUCCACACCCCCGUCUAUAAGUCGAACGACACAAGGAGGGUAUAUCCCCGCCCCUUAUACCACAUCGUCCAGAUCGGCGCCACCUGUAUCUGCAUCUAUACCGGCUACUUAUCCUGAAAGAAGAGGAGGGGAAAUAAUGGGUGCAUAUCCCCCCGGCUACCCUGACCCCUCUCGUAGGCAUGGCAGAUGA